UAUUUGCAAAAUUUAUUUGUACAAUAUUUUAAAACAAUUCUUAAUCAUAAUCACACUCCUAACAUGUAUCUCAUAAAUUUCCAUAACUUUGCAUAAAAAAGAUUUUUCAAAAAAAAACUCAAAAUGAUUUUUAACAUUUUCAAUGCUAAGAAAUAACAUUUAUCUAAGUCUUUUAAAAUUUUCUGCUAAAAAAGCCGUUAAAAUUAGUUCUAUUUUUAUGUAAAAUAUUCUGAUUAAAGUUUGCAAAAUUAAUUCAUUAAGAAGAGUUUAGUACAGUAACUCUAAUUUUUAGUUUUUCAUUCAGACAACAUUUUUUUUCCUCUUACUCCUGGUUUCGAGAAACUUUCAAAUGUUGAUCUCGUAUAUUUCUAUUUAACACUAAAUAUAUAUAAAAGAAAUGUCUAAUAAAAAUUUUUAAUCAUCUAUAGAAUAUUCAUGGACAAAUGUUAACAUACAGGGUUGGUCACAAUUAAAACGUUGGCUUUAUUUACCUCAUUAUAUAGAUUCACCAGAAGCAACACAUUUAUUCACUGAUUUUUUUCAAUUUUUAUUUUCUUGUCAACAAUGGCAUGUAUUUGGAUAUGAAACAAAUGAAAAAUAUCAUGUUUAUACUGAUGCUGGUGGAUCAAAUCGUGAAAUAAUCUAUGAUUAUAAUAUUUAUAAAAAUAAUCCGACAUGA